AUGAGCAAUACCGAACAACAGCCCCUGCUGGACUCGGUUCCCGCGGGAUAUGAUGCCCUAGCUGAUCCAGCUCUCAACCUUCCACCCCACGAGCUACACGCAGAGUUCCAAAACACUGUACCCGGAACAUCGUCCUAUGACAAAUCACUCACUUGGUCCAGCGCAUAUAUACUCGUCGUAUCGCGGGUCAUUGGGAGCGGUGUGUUUGCGACCCCAGGGUCAAUCGUUAAGUCCGCGGGCAGCGUUGGGUUGACGUUAUUAUUAUGGCUGGUCGGAACCAUUCUGGCUGCCUGUGGAAUGGCCGUGUCAAUGGAGUACGGAUGCAUGCUGCCCCGUUCUGGCGGAGACAAGGUGUACCUAGAAUAUGCCUAUCCUCGUCCUCGAUUUCUCGCAUCCACUCUCAUCGCUGUUCAAGCAGUGCUGUUGGGCUUCACAGCUAGUAACAGCAUUAUCUUCGCGAAGUACACAUUUUUCGCCUUCAAUAUUGAGCCUACCGAUUAUCAACACAAGGUACUAGCUGUUGGUCUUCUAACCCUCAUCACUAUUGUACAUGGUUGCUUUCUCAAAACCGGAAUCUGGAUCCAAAACAUGCUAGGAUGGAUCAAGAUCUUUCUCGUCGCCGCGAUGUCAUUGACCGGAAUUUGGGUUAUCCUUCUACGCCCCAACGGUGAAUCGCUCGGGCAAUCCGAUCGUGUGGUUACCAACAAUCCUUUCGCCUGGGAUACCUUGUGGGAAGGAUCCAAUUGGAGCUGGAGUUUAAUAUCUACUUCGAUUUUCAAAAUCUUCUAUUCUUAUGCAGGAUUGAACAACGUCAAUAACGUCCUCAAUGAAGUUCAGGACCCAAUUAAAACGGUGAAGACGGUUUGUCCGGCAGGACUAGGGACUGCGAGUGCUCUAUACUUUCUAGCCAACAUAUCCUACUUCCUUGUCGUUCCACUUGAGGAGAUUAAGAACAGUGGUGAACUCGUUGCGGGCCUACUUUUCGAGCGACUCUUCGGGGCCCAUGUAGGUAGAGUUCUCUUUCCGCUGGCUAUUGCUAUUUCUGCGGCUGGAAAUGUAAUGGUUGUGACAUUUGCUCUGGCUCGUGUGAACCAAGAAAUUGCUCGUCAGGGCUUUCUACCAUGGCCGCAUCUUCUUUCCUCGUCCCGACCUUUCAAUUCGCCGCUCGGAGGACUUCUCGUGCACUACGUACCAUCGGUACUGGUCAUUUCUCUACCCCCGCAAGGAGAUGUAUACAACUUUAUACUAGAUGUAGAGGGGUAUCCGGGCCAGAUCUAUGCCUUGGCCAUAACAAUCGGUCUAGUCAUCAUCCGACGACGCGAAUCUUUUCUGCACCGACCGUUCAAGGCAUGGACUUGGGCGAUCUGGUUACGGAUCGUGGUCUGUAUCGCCUUGUUAGCUGCUCCGUUCUUUCCUCCACCAGACCGGAAGGGGGAUGUUCAUUUCUUCUAUGCUACAUACGCGGUUGUUGGUGCUGGAGUGGUCGUGUUUGGAAUCCUUUAUUGGUACGUAUGGACAGUCUUACUUCCCCGAUGGGGCAAUUAUGAACUAGAAGAGGAGAAGGAUUCAUCUGUUUCAACCCCUUCGGAGAAGCCUCAUCAUGUUCAAACAGUUCUACACUUUUUGAAAGAGCUCGAAGAUGGCUCACAUCUCACUCCGAACUAUGUCGCACGCCCCGAGAGCUACAUACGACCAUCCACCGAGCUUGCCGUCACUGUUCAUGACGUGAGCGGCCAUGAACUAGACUACACGCUGGAUCAAAAUGGCUUCCAGUAUUACUACCAUACGAGUGAAGAAAAAGAUUUCCUAGACGACGAGAAAAUCAAACGAGAGUAUUAUCCCGAAACCGAGCAGCUGCUGAAAGACGCAACUGGCGCUUCUCGCGUCUUCAUCUUCGACCACACCAUCCGCCGUGCUCAGAAAGAUUCCCGGGCGCAGGAUACGCCCCUCCGAGGACCCGUUCAGCGCGUUCACAUCGAUCAGUCCUACGAAGCGGCCAAAAACCGCGUCUCUUACCAUCUCCCCGACGAUGCUCACGAGCUCCUCAAGGGACGUUAUCAGAUCAUCAAUGUUUGGAGACCUAUUAAGCCUAUUUUCAAGGAUCCCUUGACCGUUGGAGAUGCACGUACGCUUCCGGAUAGCGACCUUGUAGGAAUCAAGCUGAUCUACCCCGAUCGCGAGGGUGAAACGUACGCCGUUAAGCCCAACCCCGACGUCAAGUGGUACUACCGCUACGGCCAGACUCCUGAUCUGGUCACCUUAAUCAAGUGUUUUGACUCCAAGACAGAUGGCCGGGCACGUAGAGUUCCUCAUUCUGCGUUUGUCAACCCGGAAACCGUGGAUGCGGAGCCUCGUGAGAGUAUCGAGGUGAGAGCUCUGGUCUUCCAUCCGGAUGAUCGGGAGUAA